AUGGCGUACCGACACGAACUGCUGGCCGGGUUGCUUUUGGUACUGGUGGUGCUCCCGGCACUCGCCGCCGGUUACCAGCUGACCCUAGAGGGCGAACUGGAGCAGGGCAUCAAGGAUUGGUCCUGCAAGUCGUACUGCAACAACUGCAACUGCACGGCCGAGUAUGUCCCCGAGCAGAACAAGUGCCUGUGCCACUGUCCAGAGCCUACAGAUCGGUCGGAGUGUUUCCGGUUCGUGCAGGAAACGAACAACAUCCUCGGUAUCCACUACGACCUGGAAGUGGUCAACGCUCAGGGUGUGUCCGUGCAACGUUACAAGCGCCAGCUUGCGCCCAAUGCACGCCUGAGGCUCACAGCGGAACGCUUGCAGGCUCGUCGGUUGGCCCGAAGGAAUAGGGUUAGAACUAUGACCCGCAGGAGACUAUGGUCGUAG